UACAAUCUACGUCUGCGUGAUGCGGGACAUGUCUCCCGAAGCACGCUGAACGAGAGUGGUAGUGGGUGCUGUCUACCCUGGCGAAACCUUCACAGACGGAAAGCGCUCUCCCAGUUUCUCUUUCUGAAAUUCAGCAGUCCAUAUUCAGUGGCCAAUAACACGAGUUGAAGACGGCUUGCAUGCUAGAGGCAGUGUAUGAGCCAUAUUUUGGGUUUGCGCCAGCAUACUUCUCGGAUCUUGUAUUUCGAAGUCCUGCAGUAGCAUUGUGUUGCUCAGAGUGAGAGCGAGAACAGCCCGGUGAGGGUGUGAUCUUUCAGUACAGAAACUCGCGGGAGACCAAUCGCAACUGUAGCUCUCGCCUGCAUGCACUGCGGCCCACCUGCCGGAACGGUGCACAUUGAACUAAUAGUAAUACGUGUAGUAAUACAAGUAACACUUACUUGUCUGGAGCUGUGAGCUGUGGAAACCAGAGGCAGAGACAGUGCUGCUCGGGAAACUGUUGGCAGUGUUGCUUGAGAUACGCUUCCGCAUCUCUCAGCGCCCUCACGGUGUGUGUUGGCGCAAACAAAAGCACGGGUGGUUGCUGCUGCAAUGAGAACAUACAGGGAGAGAGUCGUUCGCCAGGUUUGGGAACCGAAACAGUUUGCCGCUGCUGUUCGACGGCAACUGGAGGAAGAGGAACGAAAUGACCAGGAACUGCAAGACAUGCGGCUACAAGCUUGCCUGGACCGGAUCUUGCAGUAUUCGUUGAGCAAGAGAGAUGGGCGCCUCAGCAGGGACACCUUUCCCGGCCUGAUGACCAUGCACGACUAUGGUCCGCUGCGCAUUGCCGUGCUGGGAAGGCCUGGAGUGGGAAGGAGUCACACAGCCAACAAUAUCCUUGAACUACUGGGCGAGGAUCCAACGGAAGGGGUGUACAGCGCAGGCGAGGGAAGCUGCAGAGUUCGUGAUGCGCCAAUCUACAAUGCAGCCGGGCAUAGUCCAGCCAUCAUGCUGCGCACUAGUCGCGGUAGUGGCGAGACGUGGGGCAGAGACAGUGCGAUAUGUAUGAUGGAAGCUGUGCUCAGCAACAAACUGCAUGCCGGUGAUGAGUGCUACAUGGAGUAUAUUCGCCAUAACGACAGCAGUCCCAUGGCCAACCAAUGCCAUGCAGCUAUGUUCUUUACAUGUCUUCACCACCUUUCUGAGAACGUCAGACCUGGUGACCUUACUGAGCAGAUGUUCUGGUCCAGAUUCCGUCCUCUCUUCUCCAGAUUGGAUAUCACCCCUGUCACAUUGGUCACAAAGAUGAGAUGUCUACAUCGUGAUGAGCUAUGUGACGGUUGGAAAUGCGUCACUCAUGCCACCCAAUUCUUGGGAUCAGCGGAGAAUCAAGUUUUUCCAAUCGAGAAUAAAGAGCCGACAGGCGAUCCGGAGGCAGUGCGGAAGCGUCUUCGCCAGGAGCUGGUGCUGGCGUUGCUGGAAGUCAUGUACCAGGCCGAGUACCGCGUCCAUCGGCACGAGCUACGUGCCCUGCGUUACACCAGCACCGGUUAUAACGCCACUGAUAUUCGAGCCAAAUAUGCCGUAGCCGCCUUAGUCCAUCACACGGCUAGGAAGUAUGCAUGGCCGUCCCAUCGCCUGGCUGCCUUGGAGACAGCCCUGCGCGAUCAGUGGCUGACCGCGGGCAAUGCUGAAGACGAGGACCAUUUGACGCCGGAGCAGUUUGUGAGCAUGAUGUCAGACGAAGCCGCUUGCAGAAAGGUCUUCCGAAGCGACGGUCAGAUGAAGCAGGUAUCAGUGGAGCUGGCAGCCAUGCGGCCUGCCUGGAGGGUUUAAGCCUGGCUUUCAUCCCCGAAAUGCAUUUGGCUAGUAGACGCUUCAGUGAAAUGUCUCUAUUUCCCCCUUACUGUUCUCUCCUGAAAUUCUGAAGUUAUCAAACAUUUCCCCCCAUAGCGUUGCAUUGGUCUCAACAAGCUGCUACUGACGUUGCUCUUUUUCCAGUAGAAGAGUUCUUCAGGUUUACACCUUCAUGUACAUGGCCACCUAAGUCUUCGGUUCAUGGUGGACUCGUUUCCUAUAGUCUAUAUUAAAUUUUCUCCCUAGACCUUGGCGAACAUUGCUGGAAAAUUGCUAGAUUCUACUGUAAAGGCAUUGAAAUCGACACAGCCAUGCGAGGCCUUGGGCGGGCAAUUCCAAUGCACCCUCUUCCUUUUAUGGUUACCAACAUGAUGCAUGAAACGUUCUCGCAAAAGUACUACAUUUUGGUGCUCUUCCGCCGGAUCCACUGUACAUGUACAUGUCUUUGUCAUCGGUUACACAUCUUUUCAUUGUUUCUUUUCGUCAUUUUGCGCUGAUUAUACAUUAAACAUACGAGUAAAUACCGUACUUCUACUGCUAGCAUAUAAUUAUGAUCACUUUUACACGAGAAUUACGUUGAACUGCGGCUUGGAUUGUCGUGCAUGGCUUUCAGGAACAUUA